AUGUCAAGCAACUCUGUCCUCAGCGAGCGACUAGACGCACUCCUACGUAGCGCGCAAGAAGCGAACAAACUCAACUCUGGCGAUGCGCCUCCAGCAAAACAUGAGUUUGCGGCCCCGAAGACCAACGCCGAGAAAGCUUACUACGAGGCGCAGCUCCAAAAGGCCUACCGAGACGGAUUGAUGCAGGGUAACUAUGUCGGCACCGAGAACGGCUUCAGGCAAGGCUACGAGCAAGGCCGCAAGAUUGGUGUGCAGGAAGGCACAAAGCAUGGGUACUUGCAGGGUCGUCUCGCGGGCUAUGCUGAGGGUCAAGGUCAAGGGAGUGCCAAGGAUAUCAAAGAAGAGUCUGGAUACAUGGGCAAGGGCAGCGGCUUUUAG